AUGGCCGAAGCUGCUCCAACCGUUGUCGCAACCCCCAACCACGAUGGUGAGCCCGCACCAAAGCAGCGGAAGGCAGCUGCAGCGAUACAUUAUCCCUUUUGGUUCGGUGGAAGUGCGGCCUCAAUGGCUGCGGUAGUCACACAUCCUUUAGACUUGGUCAAGGUCCGCCUGCAAACCCGCACUCCCUCUGCGCCGCAAACUACCCUCGGCACCUUCGCAUUUGUUGUCCGCAAUCAAGGUCUAUUAGGUCUUUACGCGGGCCUCUCGGCCGCUCUCCUGCGCCAAAUGACUUACUCGACCGUGCGCUUUGGCGUAUACGAAGACCUAAAGUCACGCUUCGCGGUGCAACCGACGCCCUCAAAUCCCAAGCCGCAACAACCUAUGUUGAAUCUGAUUCUCAUGUCCUCUGCUGCAGGACUCUUGGGCGGGAUAGCCGGCAACCCUGGAGACGUACUCAACGUGCGUAUGCAAUCCGACGCCUCCAAACCUUCCCACCUUCAACGAAACUACAAACAUGCACCCGAUGGCCUAAUACGAAUGAUUCGCGAAGAAGGUGCAUCUUCUAUAUUUCGCGGCGUGACCGCAAAUGCUACCAGAGCAUUACUCAUGAAUGUCUCGCAGCUGGCCAGCUACGACGUGUUCAAAUCUGCCUGUCUUCACACUUUGGGAAUGGCCGACACUCUCGGCACCCACUUCUGCGCCUCGUUGGCGGCGGGAUUUGUUGCAACUACGAUAUGUUCCCCCGUCGAUGUGAUAAAAACCCGCAUAAUGUCCGCAGGGGGGAAGAAGUCGAUAUUAGAUAUUUUGGCGCAAGCCAGGAAGAAGGAAGGGCUCCUGUGGAUGCUCCGCGGCUGGGUUCCCAGCUUCAUGCGCUUGGGCCCGCAGACAAUAUGUACGAUGGUUUUCUUCGAACAGCACAAGAAAUGGUAUAGGCGGUUAAAGGGAAUUGAAGAGUGA